CGCGUUGCACGCACUGUCAGUUCUGUUCAGUUUCGCUCGGAUAUCCGUGCAACGAGUGACCUUUGUGCUGAUCAGCUCGUCCGCGCCCGCCGCUCCGAGAUCAUUCCCCGUCAAAGAGGAUCGUCGCGUGUCAAUUGUCAUCGCGAGACCGGUCGCACGGUCGGCGCCACGACGCGCCGGAGACACGCCUGUCGCUGACAGGAAAAAGGAUGCAUAGUUCUUAUAAUAUGUGCAUUUUUCUCCGGCGAGACCGACCUUUAUCCUCCACGUCAAUUUCCUAUGUUUUUACAUCGUAGAGUUGCGAAAGAAUUAAAUAGAGAGUGCGAGGAACGAGUGAGUUGAUUCGAGACUCAGAUUUCUAUCGCGAGAGAUUCGAAGACAAUGCUGAUUUUCUAUUUUGAAUGACACAGCGAGCGACGAUCAGCGAGUGAUCUCGAGGAUGCGAUAAGAUACGAAUCGUGGAAGAAGGACAGAUAAAUAUCUGAAGAGAUGCACGUAUCACGCCUCGUCGGGGCUUUUCAAUUACGCGAAUCUAGAUCGCGAAGCUGUUAGCGAAUUAAGCGAGCUUAAGAGCGGGCUAUGCGGGCUGAACGCGAGACAGAAAGAGGAAAAUAACGAUCCUACCGUCGCGAUGUGAGAACUUGAGAAUCAUUGGCAUAAAUUCACAAAGUCAACGGCAUACAGCAGUGCUAUGGAGCGUAGAAGCAAGAAAAACUGGAAACUGUCGAUUUACUCGAUAAAUUCGUCUUGAUUCUAUUUUCCGGCACAUUGUGCCAAUUUCGCGUUGUGCAAAGAAUUUGCAACCUGCGAAAGUUGCUCGUUCUUCAGGAUUGAUCGAGAUCGAGUGCAGUACACGAGGAAGGAAUCGACCAGCGUCCCGAAACGACUAUGAAAGAUAAAAAAUGAGGUGUUUAAUCUUGACCCUCGGUCUGCUGGUUUCGGUGCAAGGACCCACUCGUUGUACGGCCGAUGGCAGGAUAUACGAGGAUCACGCAUCGGAGGCCUCGCCUGUUCGAGGGCCGUAUUUCGACGUCUCGGCCUCUCACAACGUCACAGCUCUCGUUGGCAAAACGGCAACGUUGAAUUGUCGUGUACGAAAUUUAGGCGAUCGCACGGUGUCAUGGGUGAGGCACAGGGAUAUCCAUCUUCUCACCGUGGGCGUCGAGACAUAUACGUCCGACCAGAGAUUCGUCGCGUCGCAUUUUCCGCACACGGAGGACUGGACGCUACAAGUGAAAUACCCUCAACGACGAGAUUCUGGCACAUACGAGUGUCAAGUGUCUACGACACCGCCCAUAGGUCAUUCCAUGCUCCUCUCUGUCGUCGAACCUGUGACGAUGGUCGUUGGAGAACCAGAAAUGUACAUAAACAGGGAGAGCACUAUGAAUUUGACCUGCGUCGUGCGACACAGCCCCGAACCACCUGCGAACAUUCAAUGGACUCACAAUCAUGAGGUGAUCAAUUACGACAGUCCGAGAGGUGGAGUAUCGGUUAUCACGGAGAAGGGCGAAGUAACGACGUCAUACCUUUUAAUUCAACGUGCUCAACCGGCGGAUAGCGGACAAUACACCUGCCAUCCCAGCAACGCUAACACAAAGACAGUCUUAGUUCACGUACUUAAUGGGGAACAUCCAGCUGCGAUGCAGCACGGCGGCCAGCUAAGAUUAGCCAAUUUACCUUUUGUAAUGAUCUCGACAACGCUUUUGACCUUCUUGAAUCAUCCUUACUAAACGGACCAUUAUAAGUGUUAGUUAAAAAUGUUUUUUUUUUUCAGAUUUCUUUUCGCACUAAUCACCUUGAGAGAAGAUAGUGUAACUAUCUAUCGUUAAACGCUCUAUAGAGCUCGUACGACUAGACGAUCGAUAAAAUAAACUGCACAAAAAUUUGAGAAUCUUUUUACGAUAACGUGAUUCACACACUUAUGAUUUAUAUACCUGUUGUUUGAAGAUACGUUAUCAUUGAACUGUUCGGGAAGUUUUCUAGUUUUCUUCUAUGAAAAUGUAAUUGAAAAUCCUAGACGAGAAACUUUCCGAACAAACAAAUAUUAAAGACUGUUAUAUCAUUCCUUAUAAUUUAUUUUGAUAAAUUAUUAUUAAAUUAAACGGCUUAAUUAAUAUAUUAUUCAAUUAGACUGUUCUGUAGAUCUGUUAUCGAAUACUUUUUAUAGGCCAUAAACGUCACUUAAAUUAUGUUUGAAAAGUCAAUAAGAGCGUACCUCGCAAGUCUAGCAAAGAAUAUAAUAAGCAAAAGAAGUCUUACCGCAGAACAAAAUGACGUAUUGACGUAUUGAAAAAUAUAUAAGGACAGAACAGAUAACGAUCGAUCGAAAGAGUGGUGGAACGCUCUUCUGAACAGGAACAUGUAAAAAAGCAGCGUUUAAUUGAAACGCUGUUCUGGAAUUUAAGAUGAAGACAGGGUAGCGAAAAUCGGAUCUAUUUGUG